CGCAGUGCUGCUGGACUAAAUCAGCUGACUUGAGCGGGAUGCUAGGUUGAGUCGAAGGACCUCUGGAGCCAAACACGCUGCUUGCUGCUUGCCGUCUAUACACAACAUGCCUGGACAACUGCGACCAUCCCACUGACUCACGCCCACAGACGCAAACGUCGAAGCCCGCGUCAACAUUACGAGUGCUCGUCCUGCUUUACCAAGCCUCCUGCCAGCAGCCAUGACGGAAUUCUGGUUGAUCUCCGCCCCGGGCGAGAAGACGUGUCAGCAGACGUGGGACAAGCUGAUGGUGGCCACCACGCGCACCAACAACCUUUCCUCCAACAACAAGUUUAACAUCCCUGACCUGAAGGUGGGCACGCUGGACGUCUUGGUGGGCUUGUCUGAUGAGCUGGCCAAGUUGGACACCUUUGUGGAGAGCGUGGUGAAGAAGGUGGCUCAGUACAUGGCUGACGUUCUGGAGGACAGCCGAGACAAAGUCCAGGAGAACCUGCUGGCUAAUGGACUGGACCUGGUCACUUACAUCUCCAGGUUCCAGUGGGACAUGGCCAAGUAUCCCAUCAAGCAAUCUCUGAAGAACAUCUCGGAGAUCAUCUCCAAGCAAGCCACCCAGAUAGACAACGACCUGAAAGCCAGAGCUUCAGCCUACAACAACCUGAAGGGAAACCUGCAGAACCUGGAACGCAAGAACGCGGGCAGCUUGUUGACCAGGAGUCUCGCUGACAUUGUAAAGAAAGACGACUUCGUUUUGGACUCGGAGUACUUGGUGACCAUGCUGGUGGUUGUCCCCAAGACCAGCUUUGCCGACUGGCAGAAGACGUACGAAACUCUGGCAGAGAUGGUAGUUCCUCGCUCCACCAAGAUGUUGUUUGAAGACAACGACAGCGGCCUGUUCAGUGUGACAUUGUUCCGUAAGGCGCUGGAUGACUUCAAGCACAAGGCCAGAGAAAACAAGUUCACGGUGCGUGACUUCCAGUACAACGAGGAGGAGAUGAAGGCAGACAAAGAGGAGAUGACUCGCUUGUCCACCGACAAGAAGAAGCAGUUUGGUCCUCUGGUGCGAUGGCUGAAAGUCAACUUCAGUGAGGCCUUCAUCGCCUGGAUACACAUCAAAGCUCUCAGGGUCUUUGUGGAGUCUGUCCUCAGGUAUGGUCUGCCGGUCAACUUCCAGGCCAUGUUGCUGCAACCCAACAAGAAGAACAUGAAGAAGCUGAGGGAAGUUCUCUAUGAACUCUACAAACACCUGGACAGCAGCGCCGCCAUCAUUGAUGCGUCCAUGGACAUUCCAGGUCUGAACCUGAGCCAGCAGGAGUACUACCCCUACGUGUACUACAAGGUGGACUGCAACCUGCUGGACUUCAAAGUCUAAGAAGACAGGAGGUCUCACUCUGUCCCCAACUUCUUGUCAUUCCCUUCUUCUUCUUCUUCUUCUUCUUGUCCUCCGAAACAAGAACAUGUCAACUUGAACUCUGACCUCCCCUCUCCUUGCGGGACAAAUCCAGAGUGUUCACUUAUUGCAGGAGUACCUCAAUGUUUGUGUUUGGGAGCGUGACGUCUUUUUAGCAAGUAGUACAUCAAUGUGUCGCCUGGUUUUACAGUCAAAUAACUGUGUGCUUCCUUGUCGUCGUAUUGUUAUUUGUGUGCAUACUGUAAAGUAUUUCAAAAUGAUAAUAAAUGUUCAUGUC